UUAACAUAAUUUUAUUAAAUCUUGAAAAUAAUGCCCAAACACGUGUUCAUUAUCCAAACAUUUCUGGUCAUUUGUCUCAUGGUCAGCAACACAGUUGCUGAAACAGAGUAUGAUGAGGAUAAGAUCCAUGACUUAAUCCAAAACCAGUACCUCACCUGAACUACUACUGUAAGAAUUGUCAAUAAUGCGCUUGGGUAUCAUCUUCAUUCUCAUCCAAUCUCAUAUGGAAGUGGAAGCUUCCAGCAAGCAGUGACAGGCCUUGAGAGUUCCACAGAUGUAGGCUCCCUCUGGAUGAUCAAGGAGGGCGAAGGAGACGAAAUAUGCCUCACAGGAGACAUAGUUCCAUGAGGCUCAACAAUCAGACUUGAGCAUAUGGGAACCUACAAAAACCUCCACUCUCAUGAAUUCGAAUCUCCAGUCAGCAAAAGAUCUGAAGUAUCUGCCUUCGGAGAGAGUGGAGUCGGCGAUAGUGGUGACAACUGGAUAAUUGAAUGCAAGGAUGGCCUCAAUGGCGACAAAAUCACUGGAAGAACCCUUUUCUAUCUGAAACACAAAAUUUCUGGAAAUUACCUUUACACUGAUGCGAGAUCCAUGUUUACUAGGCAAAACUGCAUGAACUGCCCAAUUAUCGGACAAGCAGAAGUCUCAGGAACCAGAGCCAAAAACAAAAAUGGCUUAUGGAAGAUAGUAGGAGGCUACUUCUUCUCCCAUGAUGACCAAGGGGACUUUGGCUUAGGCGAAAUCGUAGAAGAACAACAAGACUAUAGCGAAGAUUAUGAUAGAGAUGAUUUGUAA